AAUGUCAAUCCAUAUUCUUGUUGAUCGACAGAUUCACAACACUUGUUUUAUCAUUCUUUUUCCAAGAGCUCUUCGUCAAGUUGCUUUCGAUCAAUCUCACCAGAUCUCUUUUGGAAAUCGGAGAUGUCAGGAAGAGGAAAGGGAGGUAAGGGAUUGGGAAAGGGAGGAGCCAAGAGGCACAGGAAGGUUCUUAGAGACAACAUUCAAGGUAUCACCAAGCCUGCCAUUCGUCGUCUUGCUCGCAGGGGUGGUGUCAAGCGUAUCAGCGGUCUCAUCUACGAGGAGACCAGAGGUGUCCUCAAGAUCUUUCUCGAGAAUGUCAUCCGUGACGCCGUCACCUACACUGAGCACGCCAGGAGGAAGACGGUUACCGCCAUGGAUGUUGUCUACGCCUUGAAGAGGCAAGGCCGCACUCUCUACGGUUUCGGCGGUUAAAUCGAUUUGGGAAUUAGGGUUCGCAAUGUCUUGUUUCUGGGAUCCGUGUUAGCUAUGUGUUGAUUAGUAGUCUUAAAAAAAAAAAAAAAGUAAAUCUAGGAGUUUGUUUAGCUACUAUUAUUGUUUUUGUUUGUUUGUUUACGUCGUUGUGAUGUUUGUAGCUAAAAAAAAUUCUAAGCAAACUUUAUGCUCAGAAAAAUCUUAUGAGAAUGAAUCAUUUGCUCAAUU